AUGGAUGUGCAAGCAGAGGCGGGUCCGCUGAACGUGCAGACUGUGGAUGAACCACCGGGAGGCACCACCGUUACCGGCGCCGCCGCGGAGAUUCAGGUCCAAACGGUGAUAGGCAGCGAUGGCGAGCUCGGUGAGGAUGACCUGCAGUCGGGCUCUGGAGCUGAAACACCGGCAGCGAGUGAUCCGAUCACAGAGAUCGAGAGCGAGGAUGGUGCGCGGGCAGGGACCAACACACCGGCCGAGGACAUCGUUGGACAGAGCGUGGGGAAACCGGAAACAGUGGGCUCCAGUUGCAGCAACGAGAGCUGCAUCCCGACUCCAGGCUGUCGGAUUUGCUUUCAAGGAGCCGAGCAGGGGGAGCUGCUGAGCCCGUGCCGCUGUGCCGGAUCUGUCCGACAUGCUCAUCAGCAGUGUCUGCUCAAGUGGAUCAGUGAGAAGGGCUCCUGGAGCUGUGAACUCUGCAACUAUAGAUUCAACAUCCUGCCUAUACACAUCAAACCACCACAACAGUGGCAGACUGUCACCAUGACUCUGGUGGAGAAGGUUCAGGCAAUUGCAGUGUUUCUGGGUGGCAUCUUCCUGUUGGCCAGUGUAUCAUGGCUGCUGUGGUCAGCACUGAGCCCGGAAGCACUAUGGCAGCGCAAUGACAUCCUGUUCCAGAUCUGCUAUGGCAUGUAUGCAGUCAUGGACCUUGUGUGUAUCGGUCUGAUUGUUCACGAAGGUGGUGCUGUGUACAAUGUGCUGAUACGCUGGCGGGCUGUUAAUCUUUUCUGGGACGUCCAGAACUACGAUAAAAGCCGAGACCUUGACAGCACGCACAGCCCGCACGGCAACCUGUGGCUGCCUCUCACACACACACAUACAGUCUCCAACACAAACUCACAAACCAUCCGACUGGAGUCAUCGCCUCGAUGCCCCCUCCGCCUCCUCUCCAUGUGCCUGAAUGUGACCUCUGACCUCUCCCCGCAGGAGCAAGGCUCAGGGGAGCUGGUUGUUAGGGUCACGUCAGUUUGACAUCAAAUGAAACUCUUUCAGGGAUCAAUCUAUCGUCCUCUGUGGGAGUGGCUAACCAGUGGGAGGAGCCUCAGUGUUGGGAGGAGCCUUACUUGAAAAGCACUUUAGGAGAUAAGCAAACUGAAUUAAAUACAGUAUUAAGUUGUAUUGUAUACUGAACAGGUGUUUCCAGCCUGAAUUUCGGAAUCAGCCUUUGAGCAUCGAAAUAAGACUGCAAAGCUCUCCGCACACACACAGACUGAUUCAAAAUGAUAAUGCACACAAAAUGUAUAACUGCUGUUAGACGGAUGAAUGUUUGUUUUAAACCAAUUGUUUUUAUGUUAAGAUUUUUAAUAAUUUCAGUACUGAUAAACUACAACUUAUCACUGCUGCUGUUCAUUAAGCUUCACCUGCCAUAUUGUACAGGUACCACAGUUACAGGCUUUUUAACAUUAAGCCGCAUUCCCACAUCUCCGACAUGACAUUUUGCUCCCUAGUGGCAGCUGCAUGAAACUUUCAAAUUGGUUGUGAAGCAGCCACUACUAUUAGCUUAUUCACUAUGCUAAAUAUAAAUAAUGUUUCUCCAAACAAAACGGAUGAGCGACGAUAAUGACAAAGCUGCUGUAAACAUUGAUUUCACAAGUAAUAUAGAAAAUUUGUAAAGUGGUAGCAAAAGUCGAACAAACGUUCCAAAAAACGCUAAAAAGAUAAAUACCAAAAAUAAUGACUUUUAGAUUUAUGCAUCUAGCAGACAAUUUAAUCCAAAGAGACUUACAAUGACAGAGCAUAAUUAUUUUGUCAAAAAUAUUUAUAUAUCAUAAAUUGAGAGUUUGCAGCUUGCAAUUCUGUUUUUUGUUUCCACAAAGGACUUUUUUGUCACAUUUCUGAAUUUUCAACUUUCAAAUUGCAAGUUUUUAUCUCCCACUUAAGACUUUUCCUAACAAUUCUAAGUUCACUAAAUGUCAGAACUGUGAGAUUUAAAAUCUGAAUUGCAAGAAAAAAGGUCUGAAUUUUGAGCUGCAAUUACCUUUUUUUUUAUUCUGUGGCAGAAAUAGACUUCCAUAAAAUGCAGAGAAGACAAAAAAUAAAAAAAUCAAUGCUAGGGUGGUUGGGCAGGCGGUUUCAUGUGAUCUAGAUGCAAAAGUUAAAAUAUUUCAACACAUGCAAAGCUCAAAUCGGAUCUGAAAAUUCUGCAUACAGUCAGAACGCCACACAGACCCUGUACUACUCUCUAUUAGAAAUCAAAGAAUUCAGAGAUUAAUGCCACACCAGACAAGGCUGCAAAUACAAUGAUUUCCCAAGGAAGUAAUGGAAAAACACAAGGGAUUGCAGAAGUUGCACAAACAUUGAGAAAACAUUAACAUUUGCUGCAAUGCUUUCUGUUCUAGGCAUCUGUGUCAAUAGGAAAUUUUGUGUCAAUUUAUUUUAUUACCACUUGAUUUUAAAUGACCCCCAGAAAGAUCUUACACAUUGUCAUCUUUCAAUGCUUUACGGCAUUACAUCUCAUGUUGCUUGUAUUAGAGCAGAAACAGAAUGAAAUGGAGUUGGUAGUUAGAUAUUUUGAUGUUUGUAAGAAUUUUAACCAUUGUGCUCUUAAGAUAUCAAACCCUAGCUGAGCAAUUUAAGAAGCUAUUUAAGACUGAUAUACGUAAUAUAAAAUGUUAGGAGUGAAAUAAUUACAAAUAUGUUUUAACAUCGUAAGCACAUUGAAAAUCUUCUUAAGCAGCUCAAGUCUACACCGAAAAUGCAAUUAUAUCUGCUGAUUUUCAUUCAAAAUCAGCACAGAAAAUGUUAAAAAGUCCACUGAUUCCAGCUGGGCACAUUGUGUUUCUGUCCUUGAAACUUGACCUGCGU